UUGUUUUCUUGAGUUGUUUUGAACAUUGAGCUGAGAAAAGCGUGUUGUUUUUGUUGAUGGUGGGCUGUCAGUAGGAGGGGGGCGGGGUCAGAGGGGAACGUGAUGACAGGUCACUUCCUACGAACGGACAAUAAAAGACACGAAUCAGAGCGAGAGUCCAACACAACCUGCAGGACCAACCAGAACCAGGCCCAUCAACACUGUGACCUUGCCAGGAUGUGGAUGUUUCUACUGAUCGUCAGUCUGCUGGACCAGAACCAGGCUGCUCCUACAGCAGGUGACCGUGGUGAUGCCGUUCAGCUCAUUCCUCAACAAGAACCGGUCCCAAUCACGCCUUCCACCACCACUGCCAUCAAUCAACAGACAGGCUCCUCCUCCUCCUCCUCCUCCUCCUCUUCAUCGUCGGCUUCAUCAGAGUCAAGCCAGAGUUCAGAGGGUCUUCAACAAGUGAGAGAACGACAGAACCAGGAGACAAUGGCUGUGGAGGAGAUGGACUUGUCGCAGGAGUCUCCCAGAAACAAAAGUGCCGACCCGUGGCUCAACGAACCGGCUUUGGUGAGGGAGGGAUUGGACGGGCAGCAGAGACACGCUGGAGACCACAGCGUGGAGAGCCAACACAAGGCUCUGUUGUUGAACCUUCACUAUCUUCUGGGGCAACCUGAAACCAAAGAAAUCGUUCCGACGAUGGAAGUGGGCGGAGAGACAACGCACGUCAGUGAAAAUGCGCUUGACGGCGGAGGCUUCGGGGCCGACAUCGUAGACACCCAGCUUCUGCCGCUGGACAGCAUGGAGCGAGAAAACGAGCUGACCUUUGACACGCCAUAUCACUACCACUACCACGGCCACCGCGGCGAAGAGGCGGCUCUUGAACUGGGUCUGUAACAGAGGCCACGCCCCUCGCUGAAAAAUUAUAUUUUCAUGUUUCCCACGUAGGAAAUGUAAUCAUCUGCAUAUUGUGUGAAGUGUUUAACAUCAUAAAUAUAAUUAUUCCAACAUUAUAACAUCAAAUGAGUGCCACAGCCCAAUCACCUGCAGGUGGCACUGUGAUCAAAACGAUAACUUUAAAGACAUUAAAGAUCCAUAACAGCACCACCAUGUGGUCACUGAAUGUGUUUAAUGUUUGCAGCACACAGGGACACUGCUCCAUCUAACAGCAGCUAACCGUUUCCAUGGUCACGGACAGGUUAUUUAGGUCAUGUAAUUAUUAAUUUGCACUUGAUGUGAUGUGGCCAUUUUAUUCUGAAGGUGUGAAAAACAUCUGAUUUUACAACUAAUAAAAAAAAAAUCAAAUAAUCACUAUUAACAAUCAAAAGUUUUUUUAAAUGUUUAUCUUGAAUAAAAAAAACCAGA